AUGCGUGUUGUAACAAUCCCGGCUCUCCAGGAUAACUACAUGUAUCUCGUCAUUGAUGACUCGUCAAAGGUGAAGCUUCGCAUAUGGACAUCACAGAAUAAUUUGGGUCGCACACAUGUCAGCAAUUUGUUUAAGCAUAUUUCUCGUUUGUCCUCUGAUGGCAUUAUAGUCGCCCGGCUGCGGGCUAGUCCUGCGACAGGCUGACUCAUUUUGACAAUCUCUUCCCUUAGGACUUAUUUCGUGUGACUGGCAUCACACACACAUCGUCAGCCAAUAAGCCUACUAGCCUUACACUACCCCGCAAAUCCAAACCGGCUGGCAAAUUUCCAGCUCUGGGCGCCUAAAUGCUAUCAUGGGCCCGUGACAGUUUGCGGGCACAAAUUAACAACCUUCAUGUUAACGUUUUACUACCACUUGCAAGUGCGUUUUUGUGACGGUCAACAUUUUUUUGUGGCCGAUACUCAGUUAUAACUGAGUAUACCUAUGCGCCACCUUCUCCGCACCCCCGUAAAAGUGGUAGCAGCCCCACAGUUACAAUAUUUUACCUACAAUCUGCAAAAUGCACAUGAAAAGCAGUUAAGUACCCUAGUAGCAAUUGCAUACCGAGGCGACAGCGACUCACUGCCGAAAAGUCUCUUUAGGCAUGACUGAUUAGCGGAUUUUGUCCAUUUGGUCGUUAUCGAGACGGCAGCGACGCUGUAUGGUGGCAGCACCGGAUAUUAGCUGUCUUUGUUUAGUAUGCCCUUUAGUACCUACGAAAGGUCUUUCCCAGCUCACUUAUGUGCUCUAUCAAUUCACAUACUAUGUAUCCCCCGAAGCAGAUUCGAGUCGAAGUUGUUUUGUUGUUGGCGGAUAAUGUUUUUUUACUGUAAUAACAUAGUGCGAAAAGCGGGUGUUCUCAAAUGCUCUCUUGCGUCUUCGAUGAGGGACACGAUGGGCCUGUGGUGGGUUCUGAACGGAGGACGUGUAUUUAGAAAAUAGUAACACUAACGGUCACAGUUGUCCAAUAGUGGUUCCGGCUGACAGCGCCACUUCCGGAGUGCGUCGAGGGGACAUUUAAGUCGCCUCAUGAAGGCGGCCUCCAAUUCGCAUACGUCCACGCGGCUGCCUUUGUUUCACAGCUCUAUUUAGCAGUAUGGGACACGCAUAGGCGCUAACGCACCUUUAAUGACCUCACAUACCUGCGAAUCACACAGGCCCUCCUUGGUUUAUUCCCUUGAAGUUUAUGCGGUCCGUAGCCUCGUCAUCAGAAAGGGCAUAAAACACUCUUGACAAAGUUGUUCGUAUUUCGUCCGCCGAGGCCGACAAAAAGCCUCUCUGAAAAUAUGCCCUGACAUUCGUAAAGGCCCACCAGUCUACAUCUGAACUGGAGGUCACAAAGCCUGCUGUUCACAACAAGGAAGUCAGACUUCGUGCUCACCGGCUGCCUAACUGGAUUACAAGGCAAGGCGGCUUUCGUGUCAUCUGAUGCAGGCUGGCGGUCUUCCAAAAGGCAUCCCGUGGUGUGCAACCUUUUAGCGGCCGAAGACGUUGAGGGUAGCAUACACGAGGUAACGCGGAGCACUAGAUAUAACUUUUGGAUAAUACUGAUCUGAAGAGAAUUGUUAAAUGGGUCAUUGAUCUGAUCCAAGAGCAGGAAGGAUGAUCUGUCUGGAUAAGGAGGUAAUCCCAACAUAUCAGUUAGACAUCCGGUGGUGAAUGCAGCGCUGUCAGCAACUGCAGGGUGCAGCCGCAGAAAGUGCCGACGUGAAGCGGGAAAUGCGGAACGGUAACUGCGAUAACGGCAGGAAGGGAGUUGACGGGGAUGUGAGGACAGAACAGCGGUUUUUUCGUUGGCACGCGGUCACACCAUCAUUAUCCUGCAUCCGCGCUCAAAAAGUGUCAAUUCAUUCGAACUACUCUACAGUUCAGUGGACCUUACGGCCGGUCAUGCAUACGAAGGUUGUUUUUAAUGUGCCGUGCUAACUGCUUGCGCAUUAGCUUGUUUUUCUUCCGUUGACGUUGCAGCUGUAGCAAGUUAGCAGUGAUUUCUGUGCAAGUUGUCUGAUCACGGUAUUCUAUGAAGGCUGUUUGCAGCAAGUAGCAUUACCAUCGGCGUUUGCAGGCCUGCUUGCAGGCAGCUUGUCAAGACAAUCCAUGUUUAGGUCAACAACGUCCUACACAAUUCUUAAUAUAACGUGAUGAAACCAACUAUGGGUGACAGAGGCGGCUGCUCAGCCGCCAUGGUGGACCUUCGUAAGGAUUCUGGUGGGUCUGGUUGACUUCCUGCGACCGCUGUCUUCAUCGCCAGACUCCGUAGAUCUAUCUACAAUCACACACAAAAAGGGGGUCAGCGACUUGGCCUGCCACUACGUCCACGUCAUCUCGUGAUGCUUGUAAAACACUAACUGCGGAAUGUGUGGUUGUGGGGUUAACCAGUACCGUCCACAUUGAGGACGAGACUAAGUGUUAAACGCCAGUUGUCCAGCAUUAUCUGUCUAUUGUUUCCAUCAGGACGUAUGAGUGGCCAUGAGAAGAGAAAACAUAUUUAGAAAAAGAGGGAUAGACUUGCACAGCCGAUGGCACUUGAAAUGUAAGCUGUGUAGAUCUUUACGUUUGAGAAAUCCGUAGGAUAAGCGAAGUAAUCUGCCACGUUAUCGAACUCGUUGUAUAUUAUCAGAUGACGUCCUGCGCUGUCUUGCAGAAUGUUCUUCGCACCCACUAUCUUCUCACCAAGACUAAUGGAUCUAUUAGCUGUUAAUGUGUCCACUUGGAAUCGUGCGCCGAGCACCCAAGUAAACUGUUUUCGUACACCAACCCCAUCGGGACGUAGGCCCAAGUUAUGUUUAUGUUGAAACCUAACUUGGCGGACAUUGUGUGCGCAACCUCUGCGUGCCCAUUUUACUUAGUCGUUUAUAUCUACUGCAAGGGCCUGGACAAACUGCUUAACAGCUACUUCAAUCGGACAAGAUAGCUCGAAGGGGAAGGAAGAGAAGGGGUCCAAGGCUCCAUGACGUUCAGCGUCAUCAGUAAUGUGCAUGAUGAUGAUGUGCACACUGUAGACCACGUGUUAGUAGGCCCAAGUGUCAAUAAAAAGACAGGAAUAAGUAAACCCUUUCGGGUUCCAGUCUUCGGUCGAAUUCGCAGUCUUCUUUUGCUAUUCUUAUGUUCCGCUGCCCACACUAUUAUGUUUAAAUGUUUCUAUUCACGGUCUCCAAGACAGUAAUGUUUUGCUCUGCAUGCCGUUCUGCCCCCUAACCACUCAUUUUCUUGAUUUAAUAGAAGCUGUCUAAUGUCUAACUUGAAUGUAAUGCUGUCGCAGACCUUUGCAGAAGGACGCUCUACUGCUCCAGAGUCUUCGGUCUUAACUACCCAAGCGGUGAAAACGGGACAGAAUUAGUCGUUUUCAGUCUGUGUUGAUUUGGGAAAAAAAUCAGUUUGACAGGGUUGCCAUCUUUGCGGCCGCAUUCCAUGGGUAAAACGACGCUCUUUGGGUGGCUAGAGUGCAGCUUGAAAAAGGCCGAGCUCUAUCUGGUGCAACUGCAUGUCGAAUCACCCGCCAGAGGAUCUGUUCACGCACGGUCAGUGCCAAUAAACCAACCGUAUUAGUGGGAGAACCAGCCUGCGGUUUUAUCGAUACCUUUAAAUUCAGAUAACUUUCAGUUCAUUUACAGUAGAAUCACAAAAACCUAAACCAUCGCAGGUAUAUUAGAUUCGUACUUAGUUACUGACUGAAAAAGAUCUCCUUCCGAGGUUUGCCUAAUUUUUCUGCCCAACUUGGCCGAUCUGGUAUCCGGUCGUAUCUAUAUUUUAGGCUUAAACUUUUGACAGCCACUUGUCCAAUUUUACUUAUCCUUGUCUGUAGUAGCCCGAACGCACAGGCUACCGAGGACGCGCAGCUCUGUUGCCAGAACAUGUCAUAAUGACCUUGCGGCCAUGUUGGCUAACUUGGAGAUUUUAAAUACGACUGACGCUGAUAAGUCUCGACGUCAGACCACUAGUUUUGCAGGAGGGCUUCCUGAUUCCUCCUCCCGCACCAGGUGGGAACUACUAUGUAGUUGCAUCCUUCAAUAUUUAGGCCGGCUUCCAUGGGCCUCCAGUUUAACGACUGCACAAAGCUUUACCGACGUGUUCAUAUUCAGUUAUGUUAAUCAGCCUUAGACACGGUGAAAUCGCCUAUACUAUCUUUAGGGUGAAACUGAGCGCUGUCAGUGUAUGUGCUCAUAGAAAUGGCUCGGCAGUCGAAGGGUACCUACCUAUUAAUGAAUUGCAGAAUUGAACACCGUAUUGCAAAUAGCAGCCGACCUUGGCGGCCUUACUGUGAAAGAAAAACAAACUUUUCACAGGUACAGGCUAAUCAGAACAAGGUUUGCAUUCGGCAAAGUGUAGUUGAAUCUGCUAUGAAAAUUGAUGGGUAACAUCCGCUUGAACACAGGCAAAAAGAUGCUCAGUUUAAAUACAGAGUCAUAGAAAAGUGCGCACUAUGACUGUAGCAUGUAAGUGCUGUGACAUCUGCAUUAGGAGCGAUGGGGUGACUGCGGCCAUGUUUGCCGAACAGUGCUCAGACAAAUGCGAAUUAUCUUUCGCGUGUGUGCAUACUUUUUUCCGGGACAAUUUUCAGUCGAGCACGGGCAUAUGGACUCCCAGUACUACAGGUGGCCUCACGUUAAAGUCCAGGGACUUCCUAUUUCCGUGUCCUAGCUUUAACCUUAGCCCUUCUGGUCCUAUCGCUAAUUCCCCUGGAAUUUAGGGCGAGACCUCGUGUAACACGGGGCCCAUAUGCCCGUUGUCAGCCCGGCUGUCUAAGCGGAGGACAAAGUGGUUGAGUCGACAGGACUUGAGACCAGAACCCAGCGGAGUUGUGGGGGCGGACUCCGAACUCACCUUUUCUCAGGUUUUCUGCCCCUGUCUUGGUCGUUCAGCCGUUUGCCUGUUUUACUUUUCCUUUAACAUCUCAAAUGACUGGACGGAAGUCCUAGCCAUCUACGACGUGGAAAGGCAUCUAGGUGGCCAGCAGCAAACUACUGUCUAGCCAGCUUCGCCAGCGUAGUGCGUCUGUGUCCGAACCGAAGUAACGCUGUCUAACUCGCGAUGAUCUCACAGUUCGACAUCUGUAUGCGUCCGCCAUUGGAGACUGGGCUGCGUGAGCGAAGUGCGUGGUUGCUUAUGGAGCUGGCGUCAAUGACCCAGACCACCCUGCCUGAUUCCCUACUGCCGCCAUUAUCUCCGAAGCCGUAUUCCUGAUCCGCUUCCUGGGUGAGUAGCGACUGGAGACAGCGGAUCGCCUCCGAACGACCCGUCUGUACUCGUGAAUGCGUGAACUUAAUCGUCAUGCUGUCAGGCCGGUAUAUUGACAAAGGCAACGGUGGUAAUUUUUCUAUCAGCGGCCCGAAUGUGAUUUCUGUGGACAUUUCAAAUUCAGAACACAAGUUAUAACUAAUGUCGUACUUUUUGUCUGCUCAGUUAUAACGUGUCUAGUGUGUAACUUGAGGUGAAGAAAUCUAGCGGAUAUAAGAAGCAGCAUAGUAAAAUAGGUAGAUGGAAGUACUUUUGCUUGACACGGCUGUGACCCUGCCUGGUUUAAAGGACUUCAGUGGUGUCCCGUUCAGUGCCUCUAUCGGUGGUAACCUGCAAAAGCAGCUCUAGUGAGUCUGACCCACUCCAUUCUCUAGAUACCUAAGAUCGAAUACUGGGUUCAGUGGCUGCAUUUGUGUUUGGGCCGACUAACGGAGCAGGUUUUGGGCCGAGGUUCAGUUUGUGGCUUCAAAUUAUGCCGCAGCGUUGGGUUUCGGGUAGCAAUGCCAAACUCAUGGGGCAAAAGGCGAGGAGCAUGUCCAUUCAUGUCAGCCAUCUUUCUUGGGUGGCUUAAGGUGCACUAACGAUGUUUUCGUAUCGUGUGCAGAUUGUCUCAUUUCAUGGAAAAUUUGUUCACCGCAGUCGAAGGAUGUGGUUGCUGUAAAUACUUAAGCAACUUAAGUUACGAACAGUAAACAAACAUUAAGAUGAGUUUCAAGGUCUUGGCAUGUGUGUUUCUAGAUUGACUUGUAAGAAAGCCCAGACCAAAGAUCGGUUUAUUGCUCAGCAUUUUUGGUGGUCAACGUUCUUGUACUUGCCAAAGUAAGUAGGCACUAUCCUGCUUUAAAGCUCAGAAUAAUUUCACUAGGCCCUGACAGCUAUGAUAGGGAUGAAACCAUACUGCAAUCGCCACCGAUAGUAAUAAUUUUGCCAAUAGAAGCGAAGAGACGAGUCCUAGGAUGCAGUCGCAAUGGAAGAGACACGAUCGCCGGGGCAGUAAUAAUUUUUCUAUCACUUACCAUUCCCGUCUUUACGCGUUGGCCAGCAAAGACCCAUGCGGUAUAAUACUUUGUUCGUACAUUGGUGGCUUGGUUAUAGGAACAUCCCCGUUUGGUGGCUAUACUUAAGCGCCGUAGUUUCGUUAGGCCCAUGGUUUCGUCGAUUCUUGUGGUUAAUCCGAAUUAUUUUCAAUGUGCGAAUGAGUGUAUGUACAAGAAUUAAGGCCAGGACCAGGUCGAAUAGCCUGGUUAACAGAUAUUCUAGCUGUAUGGAGGUGGAUUACUAUCCAAUCAUACGUUUUAUCUGGAAAACGCAUCGUAGCUAUCAGACAGGCGGAAAGUCAAGUGAGAAUUUCCUGCUAACUGAGCUUUUCCUUCCUCCUAGUUCACAAUCUUUACUUUUACAUGUAUCACUUGUCAUCAGACCCGACUUUACUAGGCCCAGCACUAGGAACGGCGCAGAUUAACGGCGUUUGUGCUGCAAAGCCGUCGCUGAGAACCAAACCAAUAUUCUGCAGGCUAAAUCAUCAGUUAUCCCUGACCUUUAAACGGAGGUUCCAGCCGCGUCUUCUUAGCAGCAGAUGGAGCAGCAUGCACUGGCGGAAAGCAUUGAUUAUUUCAUGAUACCUUCUCUCCUUUUCACCCUGUUGUAUGUUGCCAGCUGGAUAGAUCGUUACCAACCAUCUAUAAUGAUACCACGAUGGUCCGAGCUGGGGUUGCCUGUUUGCCUGCUUUUCGACCCUUUAUUUCGAAACAUCCUGCAGCAGUAACUAGCACGCGACAAAAUCCCAUUAUAAUUCGUGCGGCGGGGCCUUGGCAUCCCACCAAGAAUUUUUCCACUCUUCUGCGUAAGCCACGCUCGCAAAAGAAAUUACUUAAGCUUACCUCAUCUCCUUAUCAUUAUUUUGGUCACAUCGUAAGAGAGAUGCACCUGAAUUUAACCUUUUCUAUCCAUUCUUGGAUAAACUACGUCUUCUUCCAAUUUUUUUUAUUUGGAGGAAAUGUCUUUCUGUUUUAAAAAGUUUAUUACUUCCCGCGUGUUUUCAGAGAAGUGCUCAUUACGUGUUUAGACAGGAAGAACUACUAAGGGGGGGGGGGCGUAAUAUCCCAAGGAUGCACACAAGGACGGAAAUUAAUUACAUCUUUCCAGGAAAUGUGACUUUCUUUAUGUUAACUUAAAAAAGAAAUGAAGGAAGUUCACGCUAUCCCUAGAGCAUUCUCCGAUAAGAUGAUCUACGCAGCUGACCGGAAAGAUACCUUACUAAAAGUCGACAUCACAGCGUAUGUGGGCCGCUCUGAGAUUAUUUCGCAUGCCGAUGCUGUGGUCAAGCGGUGUGAAUGUGUGCAGUCUGAGCGCCACCAUAAUCAGGACAAAUCUUAUGUUGGAGGGAGAAGACGGAGGGCACCAGAAUGAGGGGUUUAAUGUAUACAGAACCCGGAGUUGUCCUCUCAGACGGCAAUGGCCACUGGCGAAGCCAGGAUCGUUGUUGACUGCGUCCAGUCAUGCCUGAGAGUCUCUGGGACAGUGGUGGCAGCCGCUUUUGUAGGCUCGUGGGCCAAGCUCAAGUGGUGGCCAGUAAGUGUGUGUUGCAUUUGCCGAGGGGUGGUGUCCCAGUGGCUAAGGAUGCGGUCGCGGGGGAGAGGUGCGCUUAAGUGGCCGCAUGGGCAGCUGCGGCUAUGCGGACGUAAUUGUGUCCGAGCUGAAUUCGGUCGCGUUACUUCAGAUCAGCGCGUCUGGAACGGCUCACUGCAAAAGGGCGCAUGGCCUUGAGACAGCGAGGUCUUGAACAAUGACGUCAGACCGGUCAUGAUGGCUGCUCGCUACACCGACCACUAUUACAACGCUAUUUCAGUUAUCUUUUCUAUUAAAAGCACAUUUUGGGAUUCCUGGCAAUUUUAGGUAGGUUUUGAUGCAUACUGUACUUUAUUAGGAGAAUAGUUAUGUGUCUAACAUCUUGACGAUUCAUUCUUUCAAACAGGACAUGUCAAACCCACGAGAACUUGCUACCGCACCUAAUUAUGUAUCUAUCGAUUGUGUAUCCCUUCAAAUCGCCAUGGAUCUAAGCAAUCAUGCUCUUUAUUAUAUUUAAACCGGACAAGUUAAGCAUCAUCGUCCGAGGUCGAUACCUUUGAAUAGGCUAGCUUACCUUACCUAAAGCGAUUCCAGUCUAGGCUAAUAUGUUAGAAUACUUUUCCUUGUUAUUUGGGUCGAAUUCCGCAAGCGCCUCGCUUUUGUACGACUCAUCUGCCACCUACUUCUUUUUGAAAGCAAUGUGCUGCUGUUGAUCCCGUUGCCCCGUCCACUGUUUUGAAAGCAGUCGCUGAACAAGGUCUUCAGCUGACCAGUAUCCUGACCACCCAUCACCAUUGGGACCAUGCAGGCGGAAACGUGGAGCUCGUGAAGAGUCUCAAGGCGCAGGGCACCAGUCUUGAGGUUUACGGUGGCGGCACUGGAAUCGCUGCUCUUACGACGCAGGUCCAAACGGGCGACGAGAUCACACUCGGUGAUCGCGUCAUAAUUAAAUGCCUUUCAACACCCUGCCACACUCAAGAUCACAUCUGCUAUUACGCAACCGAUCGGACUAAUCCCUCUGAUGAGGGGUGUGUUUUUACUGGUGAUACUCUCUUCCUGGCUGGCUGUGGCCGCUUCUUUGAGGGGACUCCCAUGCAAAUGUACGUUGGUCGCUGUACCUGUUUUUGAUUUCUGAUUUGUGUUGCAUUAUUAUUACUACUGAGAACCUGCUAUGAUAAGCUUGUGUCCCAGCUGCUGUCAUUGGAUUGCAGGUGGUUCCAAGUAUCCCAAGGAUGUUAGGGCUGAUUUGUGAAGGUCACCUUAACGAAAGCAAGAGAAGUCUUCCGUAGACGCAUAUAUUUGCAUUAGACUCUCAUCCUUAUGCCUUUCCACAGAUGCCCUAUUUAGGGUAUAUUUUCAAUAACCUCGGGAUCGAAAGUGCACUAAAAUAACUAGGGCUGCAUGCAUUGUGAAGUUCUUGCGGAAGAUGCAACAGUUUAGUCAUGAAGUUGGAUGACGGUACGACUCUGAAUAUAGAAUGCUAAGAAUUUCAGGCAGUAGACAGUACAUCCAAAGCUAGAUCCGACUCCGUGCUUUGGCUGCUCAUCUCUAAGUGGAAGUCUGUUUGGACGACAGGUUGUCGCCCGAAUAGCUGUGCCGUUUUUCAUGGAUCAUAUUCACUAACCUCUCUCUUUUGUCGAUUCUAGAACUUGCACGUUAUUACCUAUCUGAAUUCAUUCGGAUUACACCUAGUGACGGCGUUCUCGGACACAAUUAAUCACUGAAUACGUUUAAAUACCCAUCGUCGGAUAGGCGAUGGAAAGACGUAUCCGCUUGCCCUGCUUAAUUUCCGAGGAAAUUAAUGCGCGAACUUGGAGUAACUCUUUCGAAACAGGCCUUUUCAGGCAUGGUCCGAAAUUUGAUAUGAAUAUUUGAGCUGAAAUCCAUCAGCUACUGCGGAAUAACCGCUUAAUAUUCACAAACCGCCAACAGGCAGCCAGUAGUAUAGCAUUGUGCAAUAAUUUACCGUACUAACAACACAGGUAUUAGCUAAAAGCCCAGACACGCGUGUUUCGCCGAUCUUGUGCCGCUGCCUGACGCAGCUGCGAGGGGUUCGGACCAUGCCUGAAAAGGCCUGUUUCGAAAGAGUUACUCCACGUUCGCGCAUUAAUUUCCUCGGAAAUUAAGCAAGGCAAGUUGAAACUGGAGUUCAUAUACCGGAAAACACACGGGGAAUGCUGGGGGACCCACUGACGAGCCGAACCCCUCGCAGCUGCGUCAGGCAGCGGCACAAGAUCGGCGAAACACGCGUGUCUGGGCUUUUAGCUAAUACCUGUGUUGUUAGUACGGUAAAUUAUUGCACAAUGCUAUACUACUGGCUGCCUGUUGGCGGUUUGUGAAUAUUAAGCGGUUAUUCCGCAGUAACUGAUGGAUUUCAGCUCAAAUAUUCAUAUCAAAUUUCGGACCAUGCCUGAAAAGGCCUGUUUCGGAAGAGUUACUCCAAGUUCGCGCAUUAAUUUCCUCGGAAAUUAAGCAAGGCAAGUUGAAACUGGAGUUCAUGUACCAGAAAACACACGGGGAAUGCUGGGGGACCCACUGACAAGCCGAACCCCUCGCAGCUGCGUCAGGCAGCGGCACAAGAUCGGCGAAACACGCGUGUCUGGGCUUUUAGCUAAUACCUGUGUUGUUAGUACGGUAAAUUAUUGCACAGACUUAUCCGCUGCCAAAUUAGUCAUCUACUCUCUUGUAUUGCAACAUGUCGUUCCAUUGUCAAUAUUCGCCAGACAGAUCUCUUGUUUAACCUGCUUUUUCAGCGUUAGACAUGAUAGGAUAUCCUUUUCCUUGAAAAGUCGGCACUUCUGAACAACUCCUGGUCGUCAUUGUUCAGAUUUUACUUUUGUCGCCUCAUCUGACUAGGAUUUCCGUUCAAACAUUCCUGCUCACUUUCUUAAGCAAGUAAUUCUUUAAACUGACAGGUAGAUCGCGUUUGACGGAAAAAUAAAAUGUAUAGCGUCUGAUUACUGUGUUCCCACUUGUGCGGGCAGCAGUGAAGGGAACGCAUAUGAAAUCGGUUCUAUUCGACCACACACUUCCGCGAAGUUAAGUCCAGGCGUACUUGGUCGCGAAUGUGUUCCUAGUUUGUUCAAUGCGUCGCUCUACCUAGUCAUUUUUUUUCCUUUGGGAAGAUGGAAUCAAGUCGCGUCGUACACUUUUUGAACUAGAAACGGGAAGUAACUUAAGUUUGUUGUGAAGAAGGGGACACGACCGCUGGGACAAGAGUUUUAUUUGCCUGACACUUCGGAUUCCUGCUCGAACCCAUCAUUAGAGACAAUAGCAGAUGCGGAUGGUUCAUGCACGAGGGGCUGCAGUAUUUAUAGCAUGCAGUCGCCAUGCUACCGCAUACCUAUUAAUAUGAACGUCCCCCCCCCUUCAUCAGCGAUCAUUGCGCUUGGUUUUAUUACUGUUUUAUGGCCGACAUUCGCGUCGUUAAUUUCUGCAAUUUCAUCACGUGUGUUGGAUGUUGGUGUGAUGAUUGCUCGACCACCUGACCCACCGACCCUGGCGUUGGGAACAGUGUUCACCUGUGCGCUCCCCGCUUGGCUAAUUACUCCGCCUAGGUGGAAUUUCAGCACCGAGUAUGGAAGGGGAAGGUCGUUGCAUUUGAUUAUAGACUGGGUACCAGUGAAUCAUGACUAAAGCAGUUCGCGGCUCAUGCGGUUGCCUCCUCUAGCGAAGAUUCCGGCCUCGUCGUAUUUGAAUGUACGGCCGAAUCUCGUCGAAUGUGCCACAACUUGAGAGUUGGCGUCAUUUCUCCGCACAGCUGCAGCGUGUUCGGUCAUUCGCGUUCAGAUCAGUCUUCCGGUUUCUCCGACGUAGUGGCUUUGUCCGCAACUGCACUAGUCCGAUAAGCGACUCCAGACGUUUCUUGCCAUGGCAGCGGGUCUUUUGGUUUCAUCAUCUGACACCUGAUGGUUGCCUCCGGCCUGUAUGCAACUCCAACCCCAAGUGGUGCAAGAAGGCGGUCGACAGCUUCCGAAACGACCUUGCCGUACGGAAGCGCUCGCCAAAAUUUGGUGUUCGUGCGGUUUGGCCUUUCGCCCCUUUCGCGUAUGCACCGGUUGACGAAAUUGCGCGGGUAGCCAUUGACUUUGAAGACCCGUCAAAGGUAUUGUAGUUCGGCAGUCUUGUCUUCCGGCUCACUGCAGUGCAUUUCAACACGCCGGUAGAGCCUCCUUACACAACUGGACUUGCGACUGAUUGGGUGGAUGCUGUUGUAGUUCAGUACUUUCGUCGUAUUUAUCGCUUUACUGAACAGUUUGAUGUUUAGGCCACCACAAUCUUUGCGGCAUACGAGGACAUCAAGAAAGGCCAGCUGGCUGUUAUCUUCCUCCGCCAUCGUAAAUUGUAUGUCCGGGAAGACCGCGUUCAGACGUUUCUUGAAUCUCAGCAAUUGAUCCCGGUCGAUAACGACGAAGGUCUCAUUCACAUACCGGGUCCAGAACUUCGGCAUGUGGUGUUGAAAGACCAGCAAUUCUAACCGUUGCAGGACUGCCUCGGUGAUGAAUCCCGAAAUCGGUGAACCCAUUGGUGUGCCCUUCACUUUUUUCGUAUAUUGUACCGUCGACCGUGAAGUGCGUCCUGAGACAGAGCUUCAGGAGCUGAAGGACGUGGGCGUGUCCAAGACGAUUCUCCGUUUCACCGUAUUUGCUUUGUAGAAGCAGCUCGAUUGUCUCGAUCGCCAGCUCCUGGGGAAUAGAAGUAAAAGGGACGAGACAAGUCUAAAAGUGGCAGUAUUUCCUUUCGAACCAAAAUGGAGUUUUUACUCAAAGAGUGAUUGUUGGCAGUGCCUACACUCCCAAAAACUAGAGCCAGCCAAUCACUGGAGGCCAUGUGCGUUUUUUCUUGCGCACUGUCAGCAUGAUCGUGGCACCUCGCCAUUGGCUGCUCCCCUCGAGCCUGAUUGUUUCGUGUAUGCGAGUAAUCAACCAGCUCGUCUAGCACUUUCGUCCCAAAGUGCAUGGGGCCGAAUGCGGACGAACCCCAGUAGGAUGUUAUAAAUACGCGUUACUUUUUCAGUUAGACUUGACUUGCGGUUUCCUAAUACACUUUUUCGUGACCGGACGUGUUCUCCUUGUCUGCCGCGUUGGUUUUGUGGACAGGAAUCGAGUGCGCCGACAGCUCAUAAAAUAUCGACGCAGCUACUUGGUGACGAUGUGACUCUGUCCUCUAAUCAGAACCUUAGUCUAGCGCUUCUGAAAGCCAUUCAGCCUUAUUUGUCCGUCCCCAUGAGAAAAAUCACCCUUACUGGCUAAGCUUUCGUGCUGCCUAGGAUCUCAUCGACUUCCUCUUAUCGAGCCUAGUGCGUUAGUUUGUCUGGGAGACCCUAGGUUAACCCCCCCCCCCAGUGAUUCCGAGGAUUAUUGUUCAGAAGGUCUCUUCUCUUAUAUCGUCGGACUGUCAAGUAUUGUUUUCUUUUAUGUGUAGGCAGCAAGCUCUGGAGGUGCUUGCUAAGCUGCCGGAAUCGACCAAAAUCUACUGCGGUCACGAGUAUACCCUCAAGAAUCUGCAGUUCGCGCAAACCGUGGAACCGGACAACAUUGCCUUGAAGGAGCGCAUUGAACGUUGCAAACUUAAGCGUAAUAGUGGGCAGCCUACUGUGCCGGGCACUAUUGCUGAAGAACUUGCCACCAAUCCCUUCAUGCGGACUGCGAAGCCUUCCAUCCAAUCCCACACGAAGACCACUUUGCCCGUGGACACGAUGGAAGUCCUCCGUCAACAAAAGGAUGCUUUCUAA